AUUACAAUAAUUUUCUGAUCCAAAAAUGAAGUUACUAAACAUUUUCUUGGUUCUUGUUCUUGUAACGCCUCUAGUCUUGAGUGUUUCUGCAUUACCACAAGAACAAGAACAAGAAGUACAAGAAAAUAGUAACGAUCAAGAAGUACAAGAAAAUAUUAAUAAUCAAGAACUCGAAGUACUCGAAAAUAUUAAUGAUAAACAACAAGAAGGUGAUGAGUAUCAUGAAUUGCUGACCGAACAAUCUUCCGAUGAUGAAGUUAGUUCGGAACAUAAAUCUGGUCGCGUUCUAUAUCAAAGGAGAUUCUGGAGACCUCGUCGUGUACAAUGUAACAAAUACCCUUGGAUUUGCCAUGCAUGGGGCAGUCCGGGGCCACAUUGCUGCAACAAAAAGUGCGUAAAUGUGUUGGCGGAUCGCAUGAACUGUGGAGCUUGCGGAAAUAAAUGCAAAUAUAAUCAGACUUGCUGUAAUGGAAAAUGUGUUAAUCCAUAUUUCAGUCGAGGGCAUUGUGGAGGAUGCAAUAAUAGGUGCAAAGUUGGAGGAUUUUGUGCUUUUGGUCUUUGCAAUUAUGCAUAGUUUUGUUUUUUGAUUUAUGCGAUAUUAAUUAAUUUCUUCUCAAGUUGAAGAAAUUAAUUAAUUUACAAGUUUUGUUAGAUCAUAUGUCAAGUAAUUGAA